AUUUCUUCACAUAUUUUGUGACUAAAUCGCGUUCAAAAUGGUGACUUCCUACCCUUUACCGGACGGAUUCUCCGAUUUCGAUGUGUUCUCUCUGGGAUCGUGUCUUCUUGUAGAGGGACUCCUUGGAUUCUUCCUGAAUGCCGUGACGGUUGUUGCUUUCCUUAAAAUAAAGGAAAUGCGUACACCAAGUAAUUUCCUUGUAUUUAGUCUUGCCAUGGCUGACAUGGGGAUCUGUAUGAAUGCCACUGUUGCCGCAUUUUCCAGUUUCCUUAGAUAUUGGCCCUAUGGAUCUGAUGGUUGUCAGACCCAUGGCUUCCAGGGAUUUUGCACCGCGCUCGCCAGCAUCCACUUCAUCGCUGCCAUUGCCUGGGACAGAUACCACCAGUACUGCACCAGAACUAAAUUGCAGUGGAGCAGUGCCAUCAGUCUGGUGAUCUUCGUCUGGCUCUUCACUGCCUUCUGGUCUGCCAUGCCUCUGAUUGGCUGGGGAGAGUAUGACUAUGAGCCUCUGAGGACCUGCUGCACUCUGGACUACACUAAGGGAGACAGGAAUUACGUGUCCUACUUGAUCCCUAUGGCUAUCUUCAACAUGGGCAUUCAGACAUUCAUCGUCAUGUCCUCCUACCAGUCCAUUGACAAGAAGUUUAAGAAGAUUGGCCAAGCCAAGUUCAAUGCUAGUACUCCCCUGAAGACCAUGCUCUUGUGCUGGGGUCCAUAUGGAAUUCUGGCCUUCUAUGCUGCAGUGGAGAAUGCUACCCUGGUUUCCCCUAAGCUGAGAAUGAUGGCUCCCAUCCUGGCUAAGACCUCCCCAAUGUUCAAUGUCUUCUUAUAUGCCCUUGGAAAUGAGAACUACAGAGGAGGAAUCUGGCAGUUGCUCACUGGGCAGAGGAUGGAAGUCCCUCAGAUUGAGAAUAAGUCCAAAUAAAGAAUGAAUUCAAUAAUCACA